AUGAAGGAUGUUAUUAACAAAAAGGGGGUUGGGUUUGGUGUUUGGAGGGAAGUUCACUGAUUGGCUGGGAAUGUGUUCAGACUUCAGCCAAUAGGAGACUGGCACGCUUUCUUUUAAAAGUCAUCUCACAACUGCCCACAGCAUUGUCAUUGUUAUUUUUGGUAGUCGAAAAUAAACUUAAAACUGCAAUGAGUGGACGAGGGAAAACCGGUGGAAAGGCUCGCGCCAAGGCCAAGAGUCGCUCUUCCAGGGCGGGACUGCAGUUCCCCGUCGGCCGUGUUCACAGGCUUCUCCGCAAAGGCAACUAUGCUCAGCGUGUUGGUGCCGGUGCUCCGGUUUAUUUGGCCGCUGUACUCGAGUAUCUCACUGCUGAGAUCCUGGAGUUGGCUGGAAACGCCGCUCGCGACAAUAAGAAGACCCGUAUUAUUCCUCGUCACCUGCAGCUGGCGGUACGCAAUGACGAGGAGUUGAAUAAGCUUCUGGGUGGUGUGACCAUCGCUCAGGGUGGUGUGCUGCCCAACAUUCAGGCCGUGCUGCUGCCCAAGAAGACCGAGAAGCCAGCGAAGACCAAAUAAACUGACUGGAGGUUCUCCUUAAACAAAAGGCUCUUUUAAGAGCCACCCAAUUUCUCCCCGUGAGAGUAAAUUACAUUCAUUGUAUCUUUAUUUGAUUUUUUUUAUUUAUUUAUUUUUUUUUUAUUUUCAUUUAUUUAUCGUCAUU